AUGUCUCCCAGGACACCAUCGACGUCGUCUCCCACUUCCUCUCGUAGUGCUUCGGCACCUUACCUUCGUCGCCCCUCUGGCCAGCCCAAGUCGUCGCGCCAACAGUUUUCGGCCUGUGGGGCAUGUCGAAUGCGGAGGUUACGCUGCGACCUUAAGGAUCUUCCAAUAGCAACGGUAGGCCCAAAUCCUGCCUGUUCCAACUGCAAGGAACGGGGGUUAAAAUGCGUAGACGAGUUCGCCGACGUCAAGGCCGUUAAGCUCCUUCGACGCGGUCGCCGUUUACAACAGGUCGAAGCUAUCUAUGGUAAAGCUACCGACUCUCAAAACGGCUCCUCCCACUUCGCCUCCCCCGCCACCCAUCUACCCAGCAUUAUUCCCCAGCUCAAGCCCGAAUUCUUUUCUUCUCCCUUUUGGCGAUGGUUUAGUGUACAACGACCUGUCCUUGACCCUGUCGAGUUCUCGGGGCGAUUCCUCGCGCAUUCAAAGGGCACACAUCUACUUGGACAUGAGGGCAGCGUUAUUUCCCUCCUCCUUGUCGUCUGGGCUGCAUCGUUUGGUGUAGACGAACAGGGGGUCCCUAUGGAGAACGAAGACAACGAAUACGAGCUAAGCGGUGUUUCCAUGGGUCAUGGCGACUACUCCAUGCAACGGAACACGCGCAGCGCAAGCGUCAGCUCCCGGCCGUCGAAAGGACGAAACGGAGAUCCUUCAAAGUCGCGGGUUGGGAGGAAGGAAACCACCGAGGCUAUGUUGCGCGAGGUUUUGGAACUCGUCGACUACCACAGCAUUAUGCGUAAGCCGUCCUGGGACGGAAUACGAGUACUUUUACUUAUUUUGCCCCUCUUGGAGGAUGCUAACCCUCUGGAUCGGCUGACUAUGCAUGAGGCGACAUUGUUACAGGCACAUUCGCUAUGCGCUUUGUCCCCGUCGCCUUCCACUUCUACUAUUUCCCAUACCUCUGACGACGCCAUUGUACGAGCACGGAUUUUCUGGUAUGCUCAUCUGCAAGAAGGAAUAACCACCGGCAUGCGGGGCGGCCGAUUAAUACUAACGGAAGAUGAUCUUGAUACAUUUCAAAGUACCCUACCGCCUUAUAAUUUUGGCCUCAACAGCGCAUCUGGCUUAUCAUCACCAUCAUCGUCUUCCUUCAUGGCUUCCUCGCAUCCAUACCUCCAAGUCACACACCUCUUCUCCAUACCUCUUCAUCUCAGCUCGGUCUGCCGCAAGGUUCACGCAGUAUUAACUGGUGCAAAAGCGGCGAGAAAAGCCGAAGAAGGCGCCGGAGUUGACGGCGAGGGUAUGAGGGAGGUUUGGGAAGGACUGGAGCGAUGCUGGGGGGAAUUCGAGGAGCUCAAAAGACCCAACGGGAUGGAAAGCGAAACGGACGCACAGGUUGAACGAUUCGCGAGCGCAUGGCAGAUAUUUAUUUUUGAAUGUUAUAACAUCAUUAGGGAAGCCCUUAAGCAAUACGUUUCUCGGUCAGCUUCUUCAACAUCCGCGUCUUCACCGCAGCCCAUGUUUGCUGCGUCCUCGCACCCCUCUCCAAAAGGUUCUCCGCAUGGUCAAAGUCCGCCACCAUAUUAUACCCUUCAUCAGCUUCACGCGAUGGCGACCCGAAAGUGUGUUCGCCUUCUUCCGUUUGUCCUAGGCAUCAUUAAGCAUCAUCUAUCAUGCGAUUGUGUCGACACAUCUGGCAUGUUCAAGUGGGAUGCAGGGCUGGUCCGUGAUGGCUGUUUCUUCGCGGGUUUCUUGUCUGCUAGUUCAGAAAGCAAUACCCUCGGUGAUCCCGACGACCGCCAGCAGUUCGGAUCCAUGAAGCAGGAAUCAGAUGCGCGGAUUGACGGGUCCCUCCCGCCUCUUCUGGCUCGUUCAAGCUAUCUUCCGAUCUAUGACUCCGAGGAAGGUGUGCGAACAUGCCUUACUGCUCUUUCAACAAUGCGAUGGGCCUUCUCCAAGAGCGAGGAACGGCGAGAGACACUGCGAAUGGUUUGGGAAGAUGGCAAGAUGCGAAAGCGAACGAUUCAAUCCUUCUCCCACCCUCACACGCCGCACACAGCGGAAGCUCCGAGCAGCGCACUGCGGGAAAUCGAUCUGCGCUACACUGAGGAAGCCGCAGCGCAACCAACUUCAUCAUAUGUGGACAUGUACGGCGGCGGCAAAGUUCCCGCCUCUAUUCAUCACCUACCACCGCUUAACCUCAGCAAUAUUUCCGCAUCACACCAUAUUUCGGUGGACUCAGCGCCGACUACUGGUUACAGUACUGAUGGCUCCGCAGGCGCCAGUUCGUGGCCGUCGUACACGCCACCCGGGACGGGUACCUCGACGUCAGGGACGAGUACGACGGGAAAUGGUGUCCGGUCCCCCGUCUUCUCGAGCUUG